AAAAGCACCAAAACAAACAAAAGCCUACAGUGGUCAAAGUGCCCCUGCUUUCGCCUUAAAAUUUGCCUACUUCUCCCUCGUUUGCCCUUUUUUGGUUACUUGCGAUCACGUAGGUUUGCAAAAAGCAGUCACAUAAAUAACCUUUUCAGUCUCCAACUCAAUGUGAUCACUAUUCCACCCAACUCUUAUUUUUAUUGUGACAAUAAAACACGUUUUUGCCCGGUCCCGAAUGCCGCAGACCAGCCCGCGGCCACCCGACACCGUACCGUUGGCGACUCGGGUCGAUCCAUCAUGGCUGCGGCCGCUUACCCUGCUUUUCAGUCCCUGAGCCUUGUGGUCCUCCUCCCUUUGGCUGCCCUGUUUAUAUAGAGCCAUUGCCGCUCUCUAAUAUAGACUCUGCCAGGAUGGGAAGGUGCUUUUCAGGCCUACGUCACCGCCUCUCCAUUUAAACACCAGAUCCGGCUUUAAAUAGUGAGAGCUGCUGCGAGCGGGGCUGGGAGGUUCGUGCUCCCGAGGCGAGAGGCUGGCGCGUGCAGAGCUCAAUCUAUUCUUGGGUCCUUCUCUUAACGCUGUAAUCUCACCCCUAACGGAGGCUGCUUUCAGAACCCCAGAUAUUUGUUUUGAUGCUGCAGCUAUGGUUUGUCUUUUUGUUUGCCAGGGGAAAACAUCCCGAAUUACUGUCCUUUCUAUUUUUAAAGAAAAUUUUAAGAUGUACUGGAAGGUGUGUGCAUUAUUGUUGGGAAUUUAAAAAUGCUUUCUGCGUUAAGCGUCAGCUGCAGAGGACUUGAUUUGUGUAGGGAUAUUUUGUUUAUCAAGUGUUCAGGAAACAUUAGAAAUCUAGUUUCUAAUAUUUUAUGAUUUCUUUUUUUUAUUGUUUCAUUGUUUUCUGCAAAUAUAGGAAGACAGCAAGCUAUUCAAAGACAGUAGAUAAGUGGCUGAAGCUUUACUUGAGGAUUUUAUGUCCACAGUACAUUUAUAUGUAGAGGAAUUGUGAGUCAUGAGAGUGAGGAGAUACAGUGCAAACUGGAUUUUAAAAUUAAAAAUCUAAGUAGACUGCUUUUAUUGCAUUAGAUACUAAUAUGGUAGCCAGUAUAAAAUUAAUCGAAUUUAUUUUCCAGCAUUGCUGUGCAUUCUGGGUUUAAAAUUCUUUUAAUUGCUAUAAUAUUCAUCUUUUUGUCAGAAGUAUUAUAUAACUUGAAUCAUUUUAGAUACACCAGGAACCUUCUAAGACUUUUGAAAGGAACCUUUUGAUUAAUUACUUGUUAGUGCCACUAAUUGACUUCUAAUUUACCAGUUUUCAAGUUUUGAAUAUCUCCUAAAUUGCCUUGCAUUAGGGGGGAAAAAAAAAAACUUUGGUUCAAGUGAAGUUUAGAAUUUUAAGUGAUGGUUUAGAUCUUAUAUCAGAUAGUGCUUGUUCACUCAUGUACUUUAAAAUAAAGCAUCAAUAUUUUGAGGGCUUUUCAACUUAAUGAACAAUUCUACUAAAUUAUUCUUUAUAUAUAUACUUCACAAUGAAUACACAUUUUCUCUCCAACUUUAAGCGUUCAAGUCGUAGGUUCAUUUAACGUGUAAAAAGCAGUCUUAGAACAAGAUUGAUUAAGUCGGGUGUACCAGAACAAAGCGUAUUUGCGUCUGUAAAUGUCUGGAUCUUCAAGCAGAAGAUUUUUAGGGUUAACUGACUUCAGGAGCAACAGAACAACAUCUUGUUUGCUGAAAAAAUAAUCCUAAGUUAUACAGAUCUGUGAUUGAAGAUGUCAUUAAUGAUGUGAGAGACAUAUUUCUGGAUGAUGGAGUAGAUGAACAAGUCCUGAUGGAAUUAAAAACUUUAUGGGAGAAUAAGCUCAUGCAGUCGAGGGCAGUAGAUGGAUUUCAUUCAGAAGAGCAGCAGCUUUUAUUGCAAGUUCAGCAGCAGCAUCAACCCCAGCAGCAGCAGCACCACCACCACCAUCAUCAUCAGCAAGCUCAGCCACAGCAGACGGUACCGCAGCAAACACAGACCCAGCAGGUCCUUAUUCCUGCGUCACAACAAGCCACAGCACCACAAGUUAUUGUUCCUGAUUCUAAGCUAAUACAACAUAUGAAUGCAUCAAACAUGAGUGCUGCUGCUACGGCUGCUACCUUGGCACUCCCUGCAGGUGUGACUCCUGUUCAGCAGAUACUAACAAAUUCAGGCCAGCUUCUUCAGGUGGUCAGAGCAGCCAAUGGUGCCCAGUAUAUUUUUCAGCCUCAGCAGUCAGUGGUUCUACAACAGCAGGUUAUACCACAAAUGCAGCCUGGUGGAGUACAAGCUCCUGUUAUACAACAGGUACUGGCUCCUCUUCCUGGAGGGAUUUCACCACAGACAGGUGUCAUCAUCCAGCCUCAGCAAAUCUUAUUUACAGGAAAUAAGACUCAAGUUAUACCUACAACAGUGGCAGCACCUACACCAGCACAAGCACAGAUAACGGCAACUGGCCAACAGCAGCCACAGGCCCAGCCUGCUCAACCACAAGCUCCAUUGGUGUUACAGGUUGAUGGAACGGGGGAUACAUCAUCUGAAGAAGAUGAAGACGAGGAAGAAGAUUAUGAUGAUGAUGAAGAGGAAGACAAAGAGAAAGAUGGAGCUGAAGAUGGGCAGGUGGAAGAAGAGCCUCUCAAUAGUGAAGAUGACGUGAGUGAUGAGGAAGGACAGGAGCUCUUUGAUACAGAAAAUGUUGUUGUAUGCCAGUAUGAUAAGAUACACAGAAGUAAAAACAAAUGGAAAUUUCAUCUCAAGGAUGGCAUUAUGAAUCUUAAUGGAAGAGAUUAUAUAUUUUCCAAAGCCAUUGGAGAUGCUGAAUGUCUCACAUCUUUAAAAGCCCCAAAUUGGCUCCUCAGGAAUACAGUUUCAUUUCACAAAGGUACCAUCUAACUGAAAUUGUGUUCAAGUAAGUAUAUGUAGAUUUUUCCUUUUGGGCUGAAGUGUAUGCUUAUAUAUGUUUAGUCUUUAAGCAAAACAAAAUUCAGAUAGUAGUCUGUGUGUUGAUUGAAGCCUAGGGCAGGUGGUAAGGACCUGGAUUUUUAUUAAACAGUUUAGCAAUUGUAAUAGUUUCUUGUGUUUACUAGUAAAGAAUGGAAAACCUAUUCUAAAUGAACAAAUUUUUAAAACAACUUUGUAAUUCGAGGGAAAAUUUUGAGGGGUAGAAGGGAGUAGGCCACUAAAUACAAAUUUACCUCUAUUUCAUUUGGUGGCCCUUCCAGGCCUUUGAUAGUAUAGACAUGGGCUCCAGUUUGCACAUUAGGAAGAACGCAAAGAAAUUUGAUUUGUAUAUGAAAAAUAGAAAUUUAAUAUGUAUAUUAAGAAUAGCAUAGCUCUGUAUUCUGUGAGGCGCUCUAAAGAACAAUAUGGCACUGCUGUGUUCAUUGUGAACUAGCUGCCUGGGAGAACUGCAGAACACUUGUGUUCACCUUUGUGUUCUUAUAACUCAUUCAACAUUUUAUGGUUUAUAUUAACAAAAUUCUUAUUUUAAGUUGCUUGUAUAUAUAUAUUUUUUUGGUCUUCCAUUUACUUUGUGUGUUACCAGAAGUAACACACAAACACUUUAAAGUACAUUGCAAAGAAGAAAACUGUGAUCUAUUAUAUAGUGUCUUUUCUUUUUAACACAAAUGUUUAAACUUCUCAGAAAGGCUAAUCAAUUUUUUACCUACUUCCCACCCUGCUUGCCAACUUUGUCCCUUUAACUUAUGUUCUGAACUUUGGUGUAAAUGGUGCGUUCUGGGAUGCUAGUAGUUUGAUUUUAUUUAGAUGCCAUGACUGGGAAUACGGUUUUUAUUUUACUGUAUUAGUGUUUUUGGAGAUUUGUUUACCUCCCUACUCCUCUCAGAGCACACACUGUUUUUAAUUAAUGAGCCUGGGAGGAGGAAGAAGCAGAGAAAGGAGGGGUUGAAAUCAUAGAACUCCUGUUGUUCAGUUGUCCUUCAGUAAAGUUGCUAGUAGGUUUAUAUUUACCCGAUGAAGAAGUCAGUGACCUGAACUACCUAUAAAAGUUUAGCGGUGCUGCAGUGUUGAAUAAAUGAAAACUUUUGGCCGUCCAGUAGCUCUUAUGCUACUGAAACUUGGAUUACUGUAUAAUAUUUAGCUCAUGUCUUGGGCCCUCUAUGUAGACAAACAUUUGUAUUCAUAGUAGCAUUGUAUACUGCCCUGUUUUUAUAACUUUUUUUUUUUCCCCCAAACAUGAACAGCCACUGCUUUCAGAACGACUCACUAUGGUUAUUUUGAAGCAGAAAAUAACCAUUUGUAUUUGCACCUGUGUAUUGCAUAUUAAUAUGGCAUGCUUGGCAAAAUUUUCUUUUACCUGUGAAAAUUCUGAAAGCCAGUCCAAACAACACUGCAUACCAAAUUGUGCUCUUAUAUAUAUUACUGCAUUGUAUUUCUUUUUAAUCAAACAGCAUGUUUUUGUUUUAUUAUAAUGGCUUGCUGUAAGAAUGUCACUUAUCUUUUAUUGUACUUGAAUUCUUAAUCAUGCUUUUAACAUUGUAUUUAACAAAUCAUUUCAUUGGGUUCCAUAAAAAUGUCGUUCCUUUGAAAAGGCAAGGGAUUCCCACUUUCAGAGUUUUAAAAUGAAAGUAAUGUGUUUAUGCAAAGGGUAGUGGUGGGGGAUAAUUCAGACGUGGUAUUAUGGAAUGAGUAAAGUUUUCGGAAAAGGAUAUGUUUGGAUUUGCACAAAUGGAGAUGGCAUCUUAAAGAAAACAAAACAAAAACAGAUUAACAUUAAUCAACAGUGUGAAGGAAAAUUUACAAAAAUUAUUAAAGUGAAAAUGUGUGCCUUUCAGUAUACAUACUCUUGCUUGGUGGUCAUUUGGAUAAGCAGACCACUUGAAUGCCUGCGAGCACAUUUAAUUUCUGCGGAGUGCCACAUAUGGCUAAAAACAACUCUUUGCUGUGCAAUUAGUUUCUAGAGUAGAAUGUCUGUUAUAUGAGGGGCGUCUUUAUAUUGGGCUUUUAUAUUUUUUAAACGUUCACAUUUCUUUCUGUUAAUUAAAUGCCAUCAUAAUAUCACAUUUACAUUGUUGCCUCUUUAAAAUCAAAGCCACCUUGAUGUUAUUCUUCUAGGAAUACAUCAAGAUUUGAGCAGUGUGUAUAGUGAUUAAACUGUGUUCUUGAAGAACAUAUUUCUAAUAGAUUCUGGUUUUAAAAAACGAUCAUAAAAAUAUAAUAGCUUUUGUAUAAAGAUUUUCUUUUGCUAGUGAAAAUCAAGGAUUUGGUUUUCUGUUUUCCCUGACUUUAUGGGGGAAUGAAAAGGGUUGUCUCUCUCUAAGAGUAAUUUUUGAUUAUCUCAUAGCAAUAAUGUCACCAUUCUUUUCAGAGGGGAAAUACACCUUGUACCGGAAAACAGACAAAAUUUUCUCUUGGGACUUCCCUUUAUAAUUUAGCAUUUUCUUCCACUUGAGAAAAUUCCUGUAUUUUCAGAUUAUUUCACCUUUAACUUUUUUGAGCUUUUGUGCAAUGUAAUGAUUUAUUGAUCUGUGUUUGUAUGUUUUCAUUUUAUUUCAUAUGUUUGUUUCCCUGGCUGAAUCAGCUAUUUCAGAUUUUAAACUCAUUGGUUAAAAAAAGUUGUUUUAUAUAUUUCCUUCAUGGGUUUAUGUUAAAUAGUUUUGCGUUUUAAUCCACUAUUAUGCUAUGAAAAUUAUUUGGAAGUUUAUAUUCUUCCCUUUGUAAGCCUGCCUUAGUCUACUUUUGUCAUUUUCUAUGGUUUAAGGAAGAACACACCAAACUUAAAUUUUUUCGUUUGUUUUGAGGAACAAAAGUAUUUUUUUCUUCUCAAGGGAAGAACUACAUGGAGUUCAUAACUACUCUUGUUUUCACCUUCCCUUAAAUCAGUCCAGUAUGCAUCAGGGCUGUAAUUUUGGGGGAGGGGCUAAUCUUACUUUUGCUGUUCUGAGCUACUAUUGUCAACUGCUGUUGUACAUACUGUUAUGUGUAAGGGCGUAAAUAUAUUUAUUAUGUUUGUAAAAUACAUUCUGCACAAUUGCAGAUCAAAGUUGCUCUUCUGUGAUUUACAGGAUAUUAUGUUUUAAAGACCAUCCUUGGAAUACAAUUAGAGAACUUAGUAUUUUGAUGUACUAAGACCUAUUUUAAGUUUAAUAUUUUACCUUUGCAAAAACUUUAAUUAAAGAUGUUAUUUAAAAAAA